GGACGCAGGUCGGUUUGAGACAGUGGAGCUGCUGCUCUGACUGAUCCUUCGCUAGCGCCUUCCGUUCAACUUCGGUGACUCCGAGGACGGUUCUUUUGCGUUUCAGAUGCACAAGUAACAGCACUGGUCAAGCCCAUGACCCAGCAGGAGCAGAAUGAGUUCAAGGAGAGUUGGGAGGAUGCGCAGGCGUGGAUGCAGGCCGUCCAGGAAAGACUUAAGCUUAACGACAACACUGAAGGACCCAGAGCGGCUCUGGAGGCCCGACUGAGAGAGACAGAGAAAAUCCACGAGUCGGAGCAGGAGGGCCGGAUGAAAAUGGAUGUGGUCCUGGUGGCUGCAGAUGCUCUCAUCAAGAACGGAGAUGAGGAGCUGAAGAACCAGACUCACUCCAAACUUAAAGAACUUAAGACUCUGUGGGAGGAGACGUCUACCUACAUCAUCCACUGCCACAGCCGUAUCGAGUGGGUGUGGUUGCACUGGAGCGAGUACCUGAAGGCCCAUGAGGAGUUCAGUAUGUGGCUGGUUAAGCUGCAGCGGCUGGUGGAGCCUCAGCUGGAGCUGCAGCUGGGUCUGAGGGAGAAGCUGUGGCAGGUAGAGCAUCACCGCGUGAUCUGCAGUGACGUAAAGGCCCAGGUGCCACUGUUAGAGCGCCUUCUGGAUGAGGCCUCUGCACUUUAUAACCGCACCCAGGACCCCAGCGUGGACGAGCACGCUCAGAACACACUUCAGGAGGCAUACAACAACGCCCGCACCAGGGCAGAGGACAGACUCGCUCUGGUGCAGAAAGUUGCAGAAGAGCACCAGCAGUACCAAAGCCGAGUUCACGAUUUCCAAACAUGGUUGGUGAUAAAAACGGAAGAAGUGAGUUCUUUCACAGAGAUAGAGGACGUUUCGGAGAAUCGACUGCAAGCCCUUCAGGACCUGGAUGCCAGUGUGGCCCGUGAAGAAGAGACGUUACUGUCCAUCGAAGGCCAGGCCGAGGCUGUAAAGACCAACACGUCACCUGCAGGAGCUGAGUUAAUCACAGAGGAGCUGGAAGAGCUGCGGUUGGCAUGGCAGAAGUUGCGGCUGGCGCUGGUGGAGAUCCACGCUGAGCUGAAGGGCUCUGUGGAUGCCCAGAGAGAGUAUCACACCCGGCGAGAGGAGCUAACAACGGGCAUCAAGCGGCUCCGAGUCCUUGUGCAAAAAAUGAGCCAGCAGCUGGAGAAUAAAGGUGGAGAGAGGAGCGAGGAGAACAUGGUGUCUCAGUGGAAGAGCUAUACAGAUGUGAGGACAGUCCUGUCGGCCGAGGAGCCUCAGGUCGAGCAGCUCAAAGUCCAGCUGAAGGAGUUAUACCGCUUCCCACAUGAUACCCGAGAUCUUACUGAUGAAGUCCUGACUGCAGUGAAAGAGUACCAGAGUGUGAAAGGACGUACGUUCCGGCUCUGCUCAGAGAGCGAGACAGCUCUGAAGCAGCUCCUACAGGACCCCCUGCAUUUCUUUAGUCAGUGGAGUCAGCAGGCGUCUCAGAUCCUCGACACCUCUGCCGAAGUCAAUGACUUCUCCCACAUUGCUGUGCUUGUGCAGAAUAUCGAGAAGCUGCUGAAAGACAGCGUGCAGCUGCAGGAGAGGCUCAGCUUGCUGCAGGUGAAAGCCGAGCUGCUGAGUGCCGUGUUUGGUGAGGAGAAAGCCCAGAGCCUGCUGGAGGAGCUCAGUACAGACAUGAGGAAGAGAGAGCAGCUUCACAGCCAACUUCUGCAGAGGAGAACUCGACUGCAGGAAUUAAUAUCCACAACAAAGAACUUUGGUGAUGCUUAUGACUCUAUUCACCAGAAGCUCACGUCUAUAAAGGAGCGAUUUCACACUUCUGACAGACUCCAGUCUGAUAUUCUUGCUAAGAAGAGCCAGGCUGACCAACUUAAAGUCAUUAAGAGAGAUCUGGAAGACUGCGAGGCUCACAUCACAGCUCUGGAGACACUCAUCUCAUCCAGCCCCACGAACAGGACCAAGUUUGAGCGACUCUCCUCCGACUGGAAGCUGCUCUAUAAAGCUGUUCGGAUGAAGGUGAACGAAAGUGAGGAGAGCAUUUUGGAGCAUGAGAGUUUCCAUGAAAGUUUACUGAACAUGGAGAAAUGGCUGAUGAUCAUGAGGCAAAAGUUGGAGUCGUUCCGAGGAGCGAAUGGAGAGUGGAGUGUGGUGAACCGACAGGAUGAAGCAAAGAGGGCGCUGGGUGAGUUUCCAGAAAAGGAGCUGCAGCUGCACAGGACUGAAGCACAGGGUCAUGCCGUGCUGCUGAAAACCUCAGAGGAGGGCAAAGUUCAUAUUCAGCGUGACCUCAGGCGCCUACGGGAGUCCUGGAUGGCUCUCCAUGCACUCAGUCUGAACCUGUACAGACUUCUGAAUGCCUCUGGAGAAAUCGACUCUUCACUACACUCACACCAUGCAGCCGAUUUCCUGGAUGGAAGUGUUGGAUCCACAAUCCGAGUCAGAGCAGACGGACACUCGGGCUUCGAGGACGACCUUCGGCUUUCUGAGAGCUCAGGGAUGGCCAAAAGUUCAGAAGGAUUCAAGACUGUUGCCAAACACGGGAAAUCCAUUUCCAAACACGACGAUGCGUCUCAAACAGAGGAUGGAGAGUUCAGUCCUCGACGUGGAAUCCAAUAUCCUGAUCAGGUGCUGUCUGAGAACAUCCAAGGAGUUUGGAGAGGGGAACCGAGAGGCCAUUCAGCAUCCGUAGCUGAUGAAGUUGCCACUGGACGAGGAUAUCAGGGAACGGGAGAACAGAAAGCAGGAGCAGUCAGGAGAAGUGGGUCUGGGAAUCGAGGGAGAACGAGGGAAUGGGUUGAAGAGCACUCAUCUGGGAUAGAAGAUGUUGGAGUACUGAAUGAAGGCCACUAUACAAGUGACACAGCAAAACCCUCAAAUACAGAUGUUCAACCAAAACAGCAGUCUGCAUUUACACAUAUUGUGGACGCUUCAGCUCAUGGCUCCACAGACAUCACUCAGGUGAGAGAGCGCAGACCUGAUUGGAAAUCUCGCAGGGGAGAGUUUGACGCCUGGCUGCGUAAAGAAAAUGAGAAACUCGCAAGGAUUUUGAACAACCAGAGAGCACUGAGCACCAAAGAACUGAAGAUAAAACGGAAUACACUCAAGGGGCUACGUGCUGGCAUACCAUGGGGUCAAACUCAGUUCCAGCAGUUACUGAGGUCCUGGCACUCUGAAGCAGGGACAGAGGAUAUGGACCUGGAGGAGCUUCGCUACAGAUGGAUGCUUUAUAAAUCCAAAUUGAAGGAGGCUGAAAAUACUAAAGCUCAGCUAAAACUCCAGGAUGAAGGAGUCCAGCAGGAGGAGCUUGUUCGGUCCAGAAAGCAGGAGAGCUGCUGUGGGUUCCUGUGCCGUGUGUGUCGUGUGGCUCUUCCUCUGCAGCUGCUGCUCCUCGCUCUGCUGCUCUUCGCCUUCCUCCUGCCCAUGAUGGACGAGGGCACGAGCUGCUCACUGUCCAACAACUUUGCCCGCUCUUUCAACAUCAUGUUGCGCUACCAUGGCCCUCCGCCCACCUAAACACACACACACACACACCUAUUAGCAUGCACCUUAUACAUGCACAUACAAACAAACCAGAGCUAAGCAUGUGCACACACACACAUACACACACGCUAUUACAGAUUUACGCACAGCUCUACACAUACACACACAGCUAUACGCACAUAUGCAUAGCUAUACAUGCAUGCGUACACACAUUUGUCCACGCAAUUAUACUGUACACGCACACACACGUAUGCACAUAUACGCAUAUCCAUACAUGCGUGCACACAUGCAUAGCUAUACAUACACACACACACACACAUAUAUCUCUACGUACGCUCUCAUGUCUAUAUCCACAUGCACCUAAACACACACAACUAUAUAUGCAUGCACACACACAAAUAUAAACACAAACACACAUGAGCAUGGCUAUAAUACAUGCACCUAAACACAUCCUUAUGCACACUUAUACACACAUACAAACACACAUACACACACUUGCACUGUUCUCUGACCCAUUAUCCUCAUGCUGCCUGGUCCUCUGUGCACCUACACACACACACACACACACACACACGUAUAUACUUCUAUGCACACAGCUUGUUCAACAUCAAUCUCCAUCCACCUAAACACACGGCCAUACACACCUCCAUACAUCUAUGCACACUUAUCCAGAUUUACAAGUGAGCUUUUCCAACGUUGAGCUCCGUCCAACUAAACACACACCCACAUACACACCUUCCCACACCAACACACUGACUUUUUUCCUCUGAGUUGCCUCCUCUGUGGCCAACAAACACCAAAAUAUCUGCCGAAUGUACACCAUACACCUACUACUAUUAUCAUCAUUAUGAAUAUUAUAUAAUAUCAUUGUGUUAACUUAUUCCUUUUCCAAAGCAAAAAAAAAAAAAAAUCAAAAUCAAAAAACAAGAAGCUGCAGAGAUACACUGCAUGAAGCUGAGAUUACUUAUUGUAGCAUCAUAUUUCACACUCGGCUGGGCCCAGCAGAACUGUGUGUGUAUGAGUGGGAGGCUGGCUUUGAUGCUGGCAACCUGUUCCUCACGACUUGAGCUGUUGCGCCGUUCUAUUUUAUUACCGAGAAAGCAGAGUAGUGUAGCUCUUUGUGAGUGCAGAAGCAUUUCUGUUCCAAUGUCUCAGUAUACUGCACUGUAUGAGAAUGCUAGUGUGUGUGUGUGUUUUCAAUAUUUUAUUUAUCAUGCCUUUAUUAACUUCCCUUGUAACUCCUAUGUCACACGAGGCCACUAGGGAUGAGCGAUAUGAUGAAAAUAUCAUAUAUCAUAUAUAUACAGUACUGUACAAAAGUCUUGGGCACAUGUAAAGAAAUGCUGUCGACCAAAAAAUGGCUUAAAAUAAUGAAAUGAAAUGUUUCAACAAUUUAAAAAAUACUAAUAAUAAAUUAAACAAAAUAAAUUAAACAUAAUCAAUAUUUGGUGUGAGACGACCCUUUGCUUUCAAAAAAAUAGUAGUCUCAGGUACAGUGACUGCAGUUUGAUAAGGAAAUGAGCUGUAGGUUUUACUGAGCAUCUUACAGAACCAGCCACAGUUCUUCUGGACAUUUUGACUGUCACACUCGCUUCUUCAUUCUGCACCAAAACCCAGCAGCCUUCAUUAUGUUUUCUUUUUUAAUCUGAAAAGUGGUCUCUUAUGUAAUAUGCUGCUCAGAUACAGACUUUAUUUUUCCUGUAAUAUUUAAUUUUGUGCUGGAAAACGAACGUUUGGACUCUAAAAUGUUUUUGUACUGACUAGAAGUCAUAAAAUAGAAAUCUAUAGCAAAGUUUAUAUGAAAAAAAAUAGGGGGCCUAAGACUUUUGCACAGUACUGUGUGUGUGUAUGAGCUAAAAGUCUUAGCUACAAAGAAUCAUA